AUGCUCAUGCCGGUGGCGGCAGCAUCGGAUUACAUCGGAAGGCUGUCGCCGCCUCAAGUCGCAUUAUUUGGUUACUGGGCAGCCCAUACAAAGGUGCCUGAUGCAUUCAAUUGGAAAGUAUGGCGGAGAGCGUUCGUGCGGAAGUGGAACUCGAUGUCCCCUGGAGCACUGGUCAGCUGUAUCGAAACUAUAGCAUCCACAGAUGAUGUCCUUGAGGUAGCUCCCUCAUUGAAGAGCACUAUAGAAGAUGCUCUCGUGGCUCGACAGGACGCCUUCGAUGAGUCUCAUAUCACUAGAAUAUUCGACCGUUGUGUGGAUGUCAUGACUCGCCGGAGUGCCUUGGCGCUCUGCAGUGCUGUAUGCAAGCUCAUGCCGCAGGUCACCAUGGUGUCGAUCCAAUGGGAGUCGGCUGUUAUUCCAUCUAAACCACAGUGCUUUGCAACUAUAUGUGAGAAGUUCCACAUAUCUGGUGGUGAGAUCGAACAAUUGCUGUCGGCUGAGCCCUCGGGGGCAGCCGUUAACUCACCGCAGCCCCGUCCUGGUCGAUCAUCCCGACAUCCUGGAUAA